CAGGUGAACAUAGAGAAAUUCCAAUCGUUCCAAGCGCAAGAACAUGGGCUUCUUGCAAAGAACUGCAAGACUUUCUGCGAAAGCAGUGCGAGCAGGGCUCACUCCCAGCCUGGUGUCCUAUUUCUUCUGGAUAGGAUGCAUAACAAGUGUGUUUGGAGGGUGGGCACUGAUAUCUUACACUCCGAUCGAAGAGUAUUUGUGCAAUAUUCCCGGCGAGGUGAACAUCACCAAUGGCUGGACUGUUGGAUGCGGAAACUGCACCGACACGUUAAUGUUAUGUGACAAGUCCGACUGCUGGAGACAUGCAUUCAAUCUGACUUGGCAGUUAGAUGCAUCGACUGCGAAUGGUCAAUACUACGAUGCUUUCCAGGAGGCAGCCCUGGACUCUACUUGCAACUCUCUUGUGCUGUCUGCAGAUUCCCCUGUUUCUAUGCUGUCAAACAUCCUUGACAGAAGGCUAAACCCCAGCAAACCGCAAGUGAGCGAGUCUUGUGUCACGUGGAACUGCAGAGUUCUAGUUCGAGCCUUCAUGCGAAGUCUUGGUUCUCAAUUGACAGGUCCUGGCACUUGCACAAAUGAGAUCCCAAGUGUGAAGCCUUCUUGGCAGGCUACAGAGUGCCCUUGUGAUGAAGUGGCUAUCACCAUGGCCCAGGCCUCAUCCUUCCGGACACUGUGCGGAGCAAUGUCGGCAGGCUUGCAAACUGGAGUGUAUUCUCGGCAAUUGGCAGCAAAGGAUACAUGCUUUUCAGGCUCUAUGGCAGCAGCUGAAACUGCAUAUCCGAUUGAGAGCGGUCAAUUUUCAACUAACAUCAACUGCCAGAGUGUGUUUGAAGCCUCCCAGUCAACAUUGGGAUGGUUUGCAGACAAGAACUACAUCUUGGCGAAUCUUGCCACUGGCGCAACCUUUGAUAUUCCGUCCUACUGCAGAAAGGUAAUGUGUACGGCGUUCGUUUCUACGCUGCAGCUCCCAGAAUGCAACUUCACAGGCAAUGCCCCUCUCACGAGUGGGGUGGUUACAGCAGCCAACCUCGGUGCGAUUGCAACAGAGUGUGCGAAUGAGGGAAUGACCCUCACAGAUGAAUCGAUGUGUGCUGAGCAGUCAUUCAAUGAAUCAGCAUAUUGCGUUGCGUUGUUUGGCAGUGGCAGGAGGCUCGUGGAUCAAGGCUUGUCAACCUUCCACAAGUUCGAAUUGGACACAGUAAUCCGAUCAAUUGCCGUGCCAAGCGAGGAGCAAGUUGCAAACGAGCUUCAAACUAGUGAUGAGGUCGGUUCACAGAAUGCAGAGAAAAGCUUGCCAAGACGGUUUGGCCAUGCAGCUCUCCAAGAAGCGGUGGUUGGGUAUGAGGGGGUCGAGGUGUUGCAAGAAGACAUUCAGGAUGAGCUCCAGGAGUGUGGAGGCGCAGGGAAUUUCUGCAGCUCUGAAAGGAGGCUCCAGACCAACCCAACGGCUGCGCCAUCAACAGCUGCUGCCACAAAUCUACAGGAGUAUACAACAACAGCUUGGUCAAUGUGCACCUGCUACAUGCAAUGUGUCCCUGGUGUUAGAACCAGGAGCGUUUCUUGCCCAGCUGGAGUCACUUGUCAGGAGCCCAAGCCGUCUUCUGCGGAAUCUUGCACUUGCAAGCACUGCUCAGACUGUGAUGUUCUCCUUUUCGUGUUGAUAACAGCAUUCGCAUACCUCUUCCAGGGUGUUGUGUCUUUCCUGCUGUGGCUUGGCUUUGUCAUCGUGGCCUUUCUGGAAGAGGAUGACUACACAGAGAUGUCCAUUGGCCUGAAGUGCCUUGGAUGCUUUUGCAAGUUCCUGCCGAUCAUUACCAAGCUUAUGACCUAUGUCACCAUGCUUCUCAUCAUUCUCCUCUCUGUGACAGCUCUGGUUCCAAUUGGCGAACCGUUCUCCGAUUGCAAGGGCAGUGCAACGUUCACUGUACUUGCCAUUGGAGGAGUUUCCAUUUGGGUUGUACAGUUGGUGGUUGGUGUCUACAUGCAUCGAUACAAGCCGAUGCCACCCUGGCUCCAUACUGCAUCAUCUUCUGGUGCAAUGAAGUUCAUCUUCAAGCCACUCAACUGCGUUGGACCUUGAUGCAAGAAAAAG